UGAAUUGAAGUCAGCACACCAUUCCGCUCUAAUAAAAUAGUUCCGACAUCGAUCGACGAAUUGUCUCCCACAGGGUAUACGUGCUGGUCGAAUACCGACGUGUAUUUAAAGCGGGAGAGGCGGGAGAGGCGGUCUCGACUGAACCACUGUGCUCGGCUGUUCUUUUCGGCCGCGUUUCGCGCCGAUUUUUAUCGAGAAAUGGGUGAAAAUGUGCAAGGAACGUUCGUGUCCGAGAAGGUUUCCAAGAUAAGGUGGCAGUGUGGGAAUUUCGCGGAAGCAAAGAACUUUUUAACCGGCAGUUGGGACAACCCGGUUAAUAAAAUAACAUACUGGACAUUUGGGACGAAUUACGACGACGAACCGUAUCCUGUAGUCCAGUCGUCGUACUCAUUUCUCGGGGAUGUAACUGAGUUGAAGUUUAUCAGCAAGGAUUUUUUCGUCGCUGCCUCGUCUCUGGGCUCGAUAAGACUACUGCAAAUCGACGAGGACACCUGUACCGAAUUCAAGGAGCACAUGGCAUGGGAGUUCAUUCAUAACUUUAAAACGACGGAUUAUGCCUCUUGCACUGCGUUGUCCACCUUUGAGCAAGACAUAGCUUCAGUAGGGGAGGACGGGAGGCUUAAUCUUCUUACGGCUGCUGAGAAGAAACCAGUUAGAGUUAUUGAAAAUGCUGACAGCUGCUCCAUAUAUUGCGCCGAUUUCUUGAAGCACAAUGAAGUACUUACGGGAAAUUCGAGAGGGCACAUGAAAGUUUGGGACUUGAGAAACGAUCGAGACGUACCCGCAACUACUUUCAUGCUGUCCGAUCAAGUUAAAACUGCAGCUACAAGUAUUACGCAUCAUCCCACACAAAGGCACAUUGUGAUCGCCGGUGGAGACGACGGCAGUUUAACCGUGUGGGAUUUAAGGCGGAACACCUAUCCAAUGUCGCAGCUCAAUGCGCACACCAAAGCUGUCAGCGAGAUACUGUUCCAUCAAGACAGACCUGACAAUCUCUUCACCUGUUCCGUCAGCGGAGAAUUGUGGCAUUGGAACAAUGCGCAAAGUUCGAAACUGAAACUCGGAGAUUCUGCGGACAUGCACUGGUUGAAUACAAUUGGUACAAAUGGCAAAGUUAACGUGACCUCAAUGUGUGCCGCUAUGCACAAACCGAUAAACAGUAUCGAUAUCAAUCGAUCGUCACUGCUCUUUGGAUGUGACAAUGAGGCUAUGUAUAUUGUUAGAAAUGUACUUAUUUAAUAGUAAUGUAUGUAUACAUUAGUUUUUGAUAUCUUUAUUACACUUGAAAUAAAUUCAAAAUCGUCAUCUUUUCUGUAUUAAUUAGCAUCAUUUAUUUUUCCGACAAUGUACAUACGACUUUUCUGUCUGUACUGUAUGUAUACGAGUAAAAUUUAUUUUUCUUUAAUAACU